GUCCUUCACGGGCGUCCAGUCCUCGCUACAAAUUCAACUUCAUAGCUGAUGUUGUGGAGAAGAUCGCCCCCGCCGUUGUUCACAUUGAACUUUUUCUCAGACAUCCUCUGUUGGGUCGCAACAUCGCUCUGUCCAGCGGCUCUGGGUUUGUGAUGUCAGAGAACGGGUUGAUCGUCACCAAUGCUCAUGUGGUCUCCAGCAGCUCUCCGGUUUCAGGGCAGCAGCACCUGAAGGUCCAGAUGCAUAACGGUGACGUGUACGAGGCCACCAUCAAAGACAUCGACAAAAAGUCGGACAUCGCCACCAUUAAAAUCAACCCUCAGAUCAAGCUGCAGGUUCUGUUCCUGGGCCAGAGUGCAGACUUGAGGCCCGGUGAGUUCGUGGUCGCCAUUGGCAGCCCAUUUGCCCUACAGAACACGGUCACCACGGGCAUCGUCAGCUCCGCUCAGAGGGACGGGAAGGAGCUGGGUCUCAGAGACUCGGACAUGGACUACAUCCAGACGGACGCCAUCAUCAACUAUGGAAACUCCGGGGGACCUCUCGUCAAUCUGGACGGGGAGGUGAUUGGGAUCAACACCCUGAAGGUCGCAGCGGGAAUCUCCUUUGCCAUUCCCUCUGACCGGAUCACCCGCUUCCUCAACGACUCUCUCGACAAACACAGUAAGGAUUUGAGACCAAUAAAGAAGCGUUUUAUUGGAAUCCGGAUGCUGACCAUCACUCCAGCGCUGAUUGAAGAGCUGAAGCAGCAGAACUCAGACUUCCCCAACGUGACCUCUGGGAUUUAUGUGCACGAGGUCGUUCCUCACUCUCCUGCUCAGAAAGGGGGCAUCAAAGACGGCGACAUCAUCGUGAAGCUGAACGGGAAACCUCUGACGUCCACAUCCGGCCUGCAGGCGGCGCUGCAGGAGGAGACGGCUCUGCUGCUAGAGAUCAGGAGGGACAACGACGACCUGCUCUUUAACAUAGAACCAGACGUCAUCAUGCAGUAGACUCUGGAGGUCCGGCUCUCGUGCUGAGCUGGACUGAAGGCACGGUUUUAUGGAGGGAGAGGUCAGAUGGCUGAAAUCUGCAGCCUGACGCUGAUGGACCUCAAUGUUACGACGGAGCAGAAGGAAACCAUGGAUGACGUGAUGCAAGGAGGGGAAGGAUUAUUGCUGAUGAGCUGACGCACCUGCAGAACUGCAUCAACACAAACCACUUUAGUGCAUUUAGAUACUUGAAGCAUUUUCACUAAUGAAGCAUUCUUCAGCUUGUACACAAAUGGACAGAUACCUCAGAGUCAGUGCAGGCUGGUAAUUCCCCUCUGUUGAACACAAAACAGACGUGAUGCAGUCCAAGCUCAAAUGUAGAAUGGAUGAAGGAUGUUCAUUUAGCAGAUUUUUUUUUAAACAACUGUAAAUAUAUUUUUACAAAAAGCUGAAGUCCAAAUGUUAUUAAUUUCAGUGUAAAGCUAUUUUGGUCCAAACACACAAGUCUUCUUAGAGUUGAUCUGUCAGAAAAUUGGGAGUUUGAUCUUCCAGCCAGAAUUCCGCUGACUUUUAAGUGAAUUAAAGGGAAGAUUUUUCAAAAACCCA